GGAGGACGGCUGGUUUCUUGGUGAACCUGGAUCCCUCAAGGCCGGAAAGAACGUCGGGCUUCUCUAGCCUCCGGAGGACUCGACUCGCUGGUGCGCGAUUUCCGUCCGGAGGAGGCGUCGUGAGGUGAGGUUUUUCAGACGAGCCAUCCCAGGACACGUCGGGAAGCUAGCAUUCUCAGAGUUACAUGGAAAGAGGACCAAAGACGUCUAAAAAGUAAUUUGGAAAUAUCUGUAAAUGUUUGUUACCAUGUAUAAGCUGCUAAAGAGAAAUUGGACCCAACAAAAUUAAUUGAAAAUUGAGGCAGGUUUGUGUGUGUCAUCAAAUUCUAUCCAGAAGUUGAAGAAUCUGAAUUUAACAAUCGUGUGCAUUUAAUAAGAGGAUGACCUUUCAGUUUAAUUUCACUAUAGAAGACCAUCUGGAAAAUGAAUUAACACCCACUGGAGAUGGAGCUUUGACCCUGGAUUCCUCAAAAGAGCUGUCAGUCUCAGAAAGUCAAAAAGGAGAAGACAGGGACAGAAAAUGUUCUGCAGAACAAUUUGACUUGCCUCAGGGUCACUUGUGGGAACAUAAGUCAAUAGAAAAUGCAGCUCCCUCUCAAGACACAGACAGUCCACUCAGUGCAGCCUACAAUUCAAGUAACUUGGAGCCAUAUGGAAAACAGCCCUCCUUGAGAGCUGCUAAAGAGCAUGCUAUGCCUAAAGAUUUAAAGAUGUUAGAGAAUAAAGUCAUAGAAACAUUACCAGGUUUCCAGCAUGUUAACUUCUCAGUAGUGAAAACCAUCUUGUUGAAAGAGAACUUCCCUGGAGAAAACAUAGUUUCACAAAGCUUUUCUUCUCACUCUGAUCUGAUUACAGGUGUUUAUGAAGGAGGCUUAAAAAUCUGGGAAUGUACCUUUGACCUCCUGGCUUAUUUCACAAAGGCCAAAGUGAAAUUUGCCGGGAAAAAAGUCUUGGAUCUUGGUUGUGGAUCAGGUUUACUGGGUAUAACUGCAUUCAAGGGAGGGGCCAAAGAAAUUCACUUUCAAGAUUAUAACAGUAUGGUGAUUGAUGAAGUAACCUUAGCUAAUGUAGUAGCUAACUCCACUUUGGAAGAUGAAGAAAAUGAUGUAAAUGAGCCAGAUCUGAAAAGAUGCAGGAAACCAAAAGUAACACAAGAACUAUAUAAAUGCCGAUUUUUUUCUGGUGAGUGGUCUGAGUUUUGUAAGCUUGUACUAAGCAGUGAAAAACUUUUUGUAAAAUAUGAUCUCAUUCUCACCUCAGAAACCAUUUACAACCCAGAUUAUUAUAGUAAUUUGCACCAGACUUUCCUUAGACUGUUAAGUAAAAAUGGACGUGUACUUUUGGCUAGCAAAGCACAUUAUUUUGGUGUAGGUGGAGGUGUUCACCUCUUUCAGAAGUUUAUAGAAGAAAGGGAUGUUUUUAAGACCAGAAUACUCAAAAUAAUUGAUGAAGGAUUGAAGCGGUUCAUAAUUGAAAUAACUUUUAAGUCUCCCGGUUAAUAUUCACUGAGUAACCACAAUGAAAUAAACAGAAGGACCAAAAA